AGGGAGGUCGCGGAACUGAUGGGCCUUGCCAAUGAGAUCUCACCAACGCUGAAGUAUGAGAUGUAUAGGAAGAGGGCGAAGAAUACGACUCUCACGGCUCUCACGGCUCUCGAAGAGUUGACUGCGACACUCUCGCUUUCAUCUGAUGCACGCCAGGAGGUCAAGAACGAGGCAUCCGCUGAGGGUGAAUCCCCGUUGGCCAUCUUUCUGCAGAACGAGGGGCUCGAGAGAGCGCAGAUGCUGGUACUGCCGACGACCACGGUGGACGAGCUGUGCGAGAACUUCCGAGUCCGGCGGUUCGUGAGCCAGGAGAAGCAGCUAAGGAUUUUUCGGAAUGGGAGACAGCUUAGAGGCGAGUUGACGGUGGGUGGGUUGGGGAUCCAGAGGGGUGAUACAUUGGUGGUUGAGGUUGAUUGGUACAGUGGGUUUUAAGGAUGAUUCGGUUGAACUGCCUACCCCUUGCGCUACUGUAUCCUGGGUAGAGGAUCUCCCUGGAUUUGUGGUGGAAGCCUGGUGAUGAUGCGCUGCUUUG